ACAAACGAUACAGAUACAAAACUCGAAGCGGUAACCUAACCGUCACGAAACGUUGGAAGAUUGGAUUGACAUGGCGUUUUCUCGAAGUUUAAUUCCAAAUUUUUUUGGACGUGAUUGGUGGGAUUUGUGGGAUUAUCCUAGUCAAAUUGGUGACCAGAAUUUUGGCCUUGGUAUUCACGAUAGCAAUUUCCUACCGCCAAUGUUUUACGACGACUAUUUACGACCUAGACGUUGUAGUAAUCGCCACAGAGGAAGUGGACAUUCUCGGGUGACGAAUGAGAAAGACAAAUUCCAACUGUCACUGGAUGUUAAUCAUUUUGCACCCAACGAAAUAACAGUGAAAACUGUGGGAAACUCUGUUCUCAUUGAGGGUAAGCACGAAGAGAAGCAAGAUGAACACGGUAUUAUUUCUCGACAGUUUGUGCGACGAUAUAUGCUACCUAAAGAAGUAGAUCCCGAAACUGUACGGUCUUCUUUGAGCUUGGAUGGAAUUUUGACGGUAGACGCUCCUAAAAAACCUCUCGAAAGUUGUAAGCCUAAUGAACGAAUAGUAGAUAUUCAAAUAGAAGAGAAAGAAACAUUGAGAGAGGGACAUAAUUAAAUGACUGAACAAUAAAGUUUUGAUGGAAAGAAUAGCGUUACCUGAGAACUUUAUAUGUCAGAGUGCAGCUUAAGUUACACUUUAUUAAAAUUUGAAUAGUUAUAAUUUUUUUAAAUUUUAAGCAUAAUAUUAUUAUUACUAUUAGCACUAGUUUAUGCAUAAGCCGAUUUAGGCUCAAUGUUAACUAUUCUAAUCUUUGUGUUUGAGUUAAGAAUGUAAUAAAUUUAUGAGAUGUACCUUUCAUUCUAAAUCUAAAGUAAUAUUUUAUACACAUAUAGAUGUUGUGAAUUUUUAAUUGAUGUAAUAUAGCGAUUUAUACUUUUUAUUUGUAAUGCUAUGCUAAACCUGACUGAGGUUUUAAACCUAACUAAAUAUUAUUAGAGAUUUUGUAUCUUUUAAGC